AUGAUUCCCAAAAACAACCAACCAAUCUUAAUUUGGAAGGCCAUUCCGGGUCUUCAACCCCCAACAUACCAAGAAAAUGUUGCUGGGUUUGCUUGCGUUUCUAUGCCAAAGAAGAAGAGAGUUGCAGCCAAUGUAGAAUUCACACCCACGACGGAGCAAGUCUUGAAACACCCGCUGGCGGUGGUGGCUUUGGUGCCUAAAGAAGCUGCCCUAUUCGCCGCAGGUGCAGUCGCUGGUGCCGCCGCCAAGACUGUUACUGCGCCACUUGACCGGAUUAAACUCAUCAUGCAGACUCAUGGACUGAGAGCCGGGCAAGAAAGUGCAAAGAAAACAAUUGGAUUCAUAGAGGCGCUUGUUUCUGUAGGAACGCAAGAAGGUGUAAAAGGGUACUGGAAGGGUAACCUUGCUCAGGUGCUACGUAUCCUCCCGUAUAGUGCUGUCCAGCUAUUUGCUUACGAGUCCUACAAGAAACUUUAUAGGGGGAAGGACGGCGAGCUUUCUGUUAUUGGGAGAUUAGCUGCAGGUGCUUCUGCUGGCAUGACUUCAACUUUUGUGACGUACCCAUUAGAUGUCCUCAGAUUGCGAAUGGCGGUUGAUCCUGGGCAUCAUACAAUAACAAACGUUGUCGUAAAAAUGCUAAAAGAGGAAGGACUUGGAUCUUUCUAUAGGGGACUAGUACCUUCUCUCAUCGGAAUAGCCCCCUAUGUUGCCGUCAACUUUUGCGUUUUUGACUUGGUAAAAAAGUCUUUGCCAGAAAAAUUCCGAAACAAAACUGAAGCGUCACUAAUCACAGCCUUCGCAGCAGCUACCAUUGCCACACUUACCUGCUACCCAUUGGACACUAUAAGAAGGCAAAUGCAAAUGAGGGGUACACCUUACAAGACGGUUUUGGAUGCUUUUCCAGGUAUUAUUGCUCGGGAUGGUGUUGCUGGAUUAUACAGGGGCUUUGUGCCGAAUGCAUUGAAAACCUUACCAAACAGCAGCAUUAGGCUCACCACCUUUGACGCCAUGAAGCAUUUGAUUGCAGCAAGUGAGAAAGAGUUCCAAAGAAUCAUGGAGGAAAACACCAACAGUAAUGAAGAAAAGCAGGAUUCGAGUAGUUCCACAAGUUAGUCCAUCUUUGAUCAACUUUUCAUACAUCUUUGGCCAUUUUGCUUGUUUAGAAAUGUUGUAAUAUAAUUUGUUAAUGGUAAAGCUCUGUUAGUUAUACAUAAAUCCAAGCUAUGUUCAUGAAUGCGACGGUUGUAGUGAAUUUGCAGUUGGAUUCUUCAUACUUUGAUGAUAUGGGAUCAGGGAAACAUUAGGAUUCAU